GUGGACGAUAGGGACUGAAAAAACGUGUGUCCUUAUAAACACGAUGCCGGGUCUAUUGCGGAUGAUCGACUAGUCCACCGCGACGAUGGGUUCUACAAACGUCGACUGGCCCUCUAAGCACCUGCUCGAUGCCGACGAUACCGUCACAUAUAAAUCUCUCAACGAAGCCUCUCGUAGUUAUCUUCGAGCCGAAGCCGUCUGCAAAUCCUGGGGCUUGACUAGUAACGACGUGGCAAGAUUAACACCCAAGUUCUGGCGGAUCCACCUGGAUCCUAUCUGGACGUGUAGUGGGCCCGCAUUCACGAUUAUGGCGAUCCAAUAUAAUCUGGUCGUGGGCACACUACGAAUGUUUUCGAAAGGCAGAAGCGACUUGCGCGCGAUCAUUGAUAAUAUAAUGACGUACAAGGCUCUCGGGCUGUUCCUUCUUUCCGAAGUAGGACACGAUCUCGACAUCGCAAAUUUGCGUACCACUGCUACGCUAUUGCCUGACGGUGGAUUCGAACUUCAUACAGCAUCUUCUCUGGCAGCCAAAUACAUGCCGCCGACUGUACCCGUCCUCGGAAAACCCGCUUUUGGUAUCGUUUGGGCAAAACUGAUCGUCGAUGGUGAGAUCACUGGGAUCCGUCCUUUCCUUGUCAAGAUAAAUGAUGGCAAAGAUAUGCAUAAGGGCAUCUUGGCUCGAGUCUUACCACGUCGUAACGGAUCUGAUCCACUUAAUCACGCCAUUACAACCUUUUAUCGCGUCCGUCUUCCCCCUUCUGCGCUGCUCGGGGAACUCGAUAGCUCAGUGGACGUCCGGCUCUUGUUAUGGCGCGUCGGAAUCGGGGCCAUAAGUCUAUCGGCAAUAGCCAUAACGUGCUUGAAGGUCGCCAGUAACACCGUGUAUCGAUACUCUCUGCGCCGUCAUGUCGGUGUACCUCGGCUAGUUCCUAUCAUAUCCUUUCGGACACAACAAAUCCCGAUCUUCACUGCCGUUGCGCAGGCAUAUGUUCUUGAAGCCUUGUUGAAGACAUGCAUACAAGGUUUCAUGGACGACUCCGCGGGAUUUCAGACUCGCCAUGCGGUUGCAACGAUUUUCAAGGCUGUGGUCGUUGAGUCUGUCCUGAGGACACACUAUGAUUUAUCAGCACGGUGUGGUGCCCAAGGCUUAUUUGGCUAUAACCAAGUCAUCGCUUUCUUCAGCAACAUGCGCGGCAUCUCCAUUGCCGAAGGUGAUGUUCUUGUGUUAUCCAUUCGUCUAGCAAGCGAACUGCUUCUUGGACGGUAUUCUGUACCCGGAACCCUCGAUACGAACAGCCUCCUUGCUCGCCAUGAGUCUGCCAUCUUCGAUAAAUACGCCGCUAUGGUCGAAGAACACGGUCAUCGGGGAGACCAUUAUCGUGGUUUCAUACUACCACAAUCACAAACGAUCAUAAAGUCAAUCGGCCAUCGUAUGGCAUAUGAUGCCGCUGUUACCCAUGGCGUUCCCCGGGCGCUUAUAGACGUAUAUGAAUGCUAUGCGAUCAAACGGGAUGUUGGAUGGUACGUCGAGGCAGGAAUUCUUACUCUAGACCAAGUCGCAUCAAUGGAGGAUCGAGCGAUGAAGGCCGCGCUCCCCCAUAUGAGCGAGUGGGUCGAUAGUAUGGGCGUAUCAGAUUACCUUAAGGCGCCCAUAUUGUCGGAGGAUAGGUGGGAUAAGUUCGUGGAUGGCUUACCCUCCAUUGGAGUUGAAGAGAAUGGGUCGACUAAUGUUGUUUAUCAGGCGCGCUUAUAGAUGACAUUAGAUGCUUAGAGAUCUAAUUGUUUACUACACUUUAGAAUAUAUAGAACAUAAUGGAAUAUAGGCCCAUAGUAAUAUGAUAUACAGCCCGGCUUGUAGUUCAUCUUCACUAUGGAACCUAUAGUCGAU